AUGGAAACAUCAAACAACCGAGUUUACCAGCGAGUGUACAUCGCCACACAGCUGACAGGACUGCUCAUCUUCGUCCUGCUGCUGGUGGUGCUCAUCAAGUACUGGGGCGGCCUCAACUUCACCAGUGCCUACUUCAACUUCCACCCUCUCUUUAUGGUGCUCGGCUUUGUGCUGCUGUACAGCAACACCGCCCUCCUCUACCGAACGGGAAGAGGCGUGCAGAAGUGGAGCCUUAAGGUUGGCCAUGCGAGCAUGAAUGGGACGAUUGCAGUGCUGGUCGCGCUGGCGCUGACGGCAGUGGUCAUCGCCAAGGGAGGCGCAUCUGCGGACAGUCGCCACCUCUACACACUGCACAGCUGGCUGGGAAUAGUGACCUGCAUUCUCUUUGUUAGUCAGUUUAUUGCCGGCUUCACCGCCUACCUCUUUCCGGGCGCUUCGCCUCAUCUAAGA